ACCGGAUUUGAAAACGAGGCUGCAUUCCUGACGACGAGAAACAAGCUUGGUGCCUUGACUUGAGAAGCGGCUGAUAUUAUCACCUCUCCCCCAGCUGCAACUCAAACGGGAGAUUGAAAACACAACUAAAGCCGGAGAAGCUUAUGUGGGCGCCUAGUUAAUCCAACUUGAUUGUUGUCGUUAAAAGAAUAUCGGUGCAAAAUGAUGCUUUCAAGGACCAAGCCGGCCACUGGGCCUGGCUCUGCAGGGUCUACCAAAGAAACAAAGAAGAAAAAGAAGCUGCCAAAACUGGAAGAUUUUUUACAAAACAGAGACUACACUGGUGCAAUUACCUUGUUAGAGUUUAACAGAAACAGUGGUAAAGGCAAUGAAGAGACAGACUUGUAUAUAGCAUAUUGUGCAUUCCACUUGGGUGACUACAAGAGAGCAAUGGAGGAAUAUGAGCGUGUAGUUAAGCGCGAGGGCAGUCUCCCAGAUGUAUGGACAUACCUUGCUUGCUGCUACUUUUUCCUAGGAAUGUACAAGGAGUCAGAUGAAGCCUGCAAAAAAGCCUUGGAACGACUAGAACCAGAGAGACAUCCAGAUGAAGCUCCAAAAAGCAGGCUUCAAAAUCGCCUGAUGUUCCACCUGUCCCACAAGUUCAACGAUGAGAAACGCCUCAUGGGCCACCAUCAAAGUCUGCAGGAUAUCAUAGAGGACCAGUUGUCCUUGGCAUCCAUACACUAUCUACGCAGCCAUUACCAGGAGGCUAUUGAUAUCUAUAAGAGAAUACUUUUAGACAACAGAGACUACCUGGCCCUGAAUGUGUAUGUGGCCUUGUGUUACUACAAACUGGAUUACUAUGAUGUUUCACAGGAAGUGUUAGCUGUGUAUCUACAGUCCUAUCCAGACAGUGCAGUAGCUAUCAAUCUCAAAGCCUGCAACCACUUCAGAUUAUACAACGGAAAGGCAGCAGAGGCAGAAUUAAAGGCGCUACAAGAUAUGGCUUCACCAUCAUUCACAUUUGCAAGAGAUCUCAUCAAACAUAACUUGGUUGUAUUUCGUGGUGGAGAAGGCGCACUUCAGGUGCUGCCACCUUUAAUUGAUGUCCUGCCAGAGGCGCGCCUCAACCUGGUGAUAUAUCACCUAAAACAAGAUGAUAUAGGAGAAGCCUACAACCUGAUCAAGAACCUGGAGCCUACCACCCCCCAGGAGUACAUACUGAAGGGUGUGGUCAAUGCUGCACUGGGGCAAGACCAAGGCACGAGGGAGCACCUGAAGAUAGCCCAGCAGUAUUUUCAGUUGGUGGGAGGCUCAGCCAGUGAAUGUGACACCAUCCCUGGCAGGCAAUGCAUGGCAUCAUGUUUCUUCUUGUUGAAACAAUUUGAAGAUGUCCUUAUAUAUCUCAACUCAAUCAAGAGCUACUUCUACAAUGAUGACAUGUUCAAUUUCAAUUAUGCACAAGCCAAGGCAGCUUCCCCUGUCUGUAACUAUAAGGAGGCUGAAGAGGUGUUCCUGUUAAUUCAAAGUGAGAAGAUCAAGAACGACUACACAUAUCUCAGCUGGCUGGCAAGAUGCUAUAUCAUGAACCGCAAGGCUCGGUUGGCCUGGGAGUUGUACCUGAAGAUGGAGACAUCAGGAGAAUCCUUCAGUCUGCUACAGCUCAUUGCCAAUGACUGUUACAAGACUGGCCAGUUUUUCUAUGCGGCCAAGGCAUUUGAUGUGCUGGAGAGACUGGACCCAAACCCAGAAUACUGGGAAGGAAAGCGUGGAGCUUGUGUUGGUGUUUUCCAGAUGAUAAUUGCAGGACAUGAACCAAGGGAAACGUUACGGGAUGUGAUCCAGAUGUUACGAAAUACAGGCAACCCUCAAGUGGAAUACAUUGUGAGGACAAUGAAGAAAUGGGCCAAGGAGAACAGAGUGGCCAUAUCAUAAGCCAGAACCACAGCCAAUAUAAAUACUGUUAAGAUGGAGUCCGUGGAUAGUUCUGACACUGACAUUAUUAUCUUAAGUCAUAGUGAACUCAGAAAAAAAGCAGGGAGAAAAUUAGUUCUGUAGACGUACAAAUGUAAAUCAUUCCAUUUUAUUCCAAUAUAGAAAUGGGAUAAGUAAGCACCUUUAGAAACCUAAAAAAAUGUCAGUCCCAUGAUCCAUGGGCAGAAGAAAUUUCAGACUUUUUGAUAAUUAGUAAGAGGUACUGUAAGAGGUUACCGUAACUUUUACUUGCAAACAUUUUCUAGAUGUAAAAAAAUGCAUCAAUAUUUAUAAGGGUUUUUCAUUAAUUUUUUUUUGUAUGUUAAUUGUUUUAUCAAGUAAUUUUUCAGAUACAUAGUUGCAAAACAUGAUUUGUCCAAAGAUAAUCAAUUCGCCGAAAGAAAGCUUUUCAUUGUAAAAAAAGUUGUAAGCUCAAACUACUGUUUGUAUAUAAACAAAAUGUUUCAUUGUG